AGCCCAGCGUCUUAGGACAAGGCAAUGAAUAGGCACAACUUUUGGCGUGCCCGGGCGAGAUAAGAUUGCUUUGCGCUACUGCUAUUCCCGCCGCCUACCCGUUAUGCCGCUGAUAAGCCAUACUGCACUUGUGCAGGCCAAACUCAGUCCUCGGACUCGCACGCUGCAGUGGCUACUGUAUGGGCGGCUCUAGAACGGUACUGCCAUGGCCCCCUAUCAGUGUCGAUUCAAUGGCUUCUGUUCGUUAUUGCAGCUCCGUGGUAAGUACGAGCUCUUUGAUCCUUCUCUACCGAACGUCGUACCAUUUCUGCCUUGUCAGCUACUCGUGGAUCAAUAUGUCACAGACUAAGACCCAAACAAUGGCCACAUCUCCUUCUCACCCUCCCAAUGCCCUCGACAUCAUUGCUCAACCACUUACCCUACCAUGCGGCCUCACCCUUCCCAACCGUCUCGUGAAAUGUCCAAUGCAAGAGACCCAAGCGGAGGCGCCUUGGUUCGAUCCACCACUCUCAACCUUUAAGAACCUGUACAGCCUCUGGGCCAAGUCGCAGUACGGUCUGCUCAUCACGGGCCAAGUUCAGAUCGACCGACGUUUCUUCUCCAUCGCCGGUGAUGUAUGCUGCCAUGAGAAGUCCCCAGAGCCAGAGAGAUUGCAGAUCUGGAAGGAGUGGGCGCGGAUCGCACAGAAAGAUGGCACGCCGUGUAUCGUACAGCUUGCGCAUCCGGGACGCAUGAGCCCCGCGGGCGCCGGUAUCAGGCCGAAGGACAUGAGGACGCUGUGUCCCAGUGAAGUGCCGGUAGAGCUGGGCGACACUUGGCUAGAUAAGAUGGCUCUGCAGUCUGUGCUCGGAACGCCGAAGGCUAUGACGAUCGAAGACAUAGACGAAGUGGUUGGGAUGUGGAUUCGCGGUGCUGAAGUCGCGAGAGAUGCUGGAUUUGCUGGCUGUCAGCUCCACGGCGCGCAUGGCUUUCUGCUCUCCCAGUUCCUGUCUCCUCGAACAAACAAGCGGACUGACGAAUACGGCGGAACGCCGGAGAAGCGCAUGAAGUUACUGAAACGCCUCGUUACGGAGAUCAGAGAGCGAUGCCCGCGACCGUACUGCCUCAGUGUCAAGCUCAACAGCGCAGACUACAUGGACAAAGGCGAAGGUCUUGAGGUCGAGGAAGGCCUCGAGCAGGUCCGAUGGCUGCGUGAGUGCGGCAUGGUGGACUUCGUGGAGAUCAGCGGCGGGAACGCCGAGCAGAAGAACAGCGGAUUGCAUAACUCUUUCGGCACAAAGACUGCAGAGCGAGCGAAGAAGAUGAACGAGAGCACGCGCAUACGGGAGGCCUUCUUCACGGACUUCGCGGACAAAGUGAUGGCUAUGCCAUCUGACGUGCCGGUCCAACUCUCUGGAGGCUUCCGCACGAGGACAGGCAUGGCUGAUGCGAUCUACAGCCGGUCCUGCGACCUCAUUGGACUUGGACGGUCUGCGGUUCUCGAGCCCGAGCUACCGCGUAAGAUCCUGCUUAAUCCUGAGUACGACGACGAAGGCGCGCUUGCGAAAAGCCAUAUCAUCCGCGGACAAUGGCUAAGCAAGGCCAUACCGGUGAAGGUCAUUGGUGGUGGCCUACCCAUCCAGUUUUUCUACUACAACAUGCGAAGGUUGGGCAAGGGGCUAGACAGCGACCCCGACAUCAGUCUGCUGGGCAUCAUACUGAUGGGUAUCUACGAAACCCUAUUUAGCGGCGUGCUGCAGACGUUGCAGAGGAUUGUCGCCGGCUUCAGUAGCAACCAGGCUAGCGGAAGGGUCAAAGUUGCGUGAACGACUGGAUGAUGGAGCGGUAAUCGAGGCCUCCUGACGAGCACUACGACAACGAGUUCAGGAUCAGUGUUCACAGAUGUCAGCUGCGAAAUGUUUGCUUUCAAGUAGAACUUACAGUUAGAGGCGUUUAGACCGAACUGUUUAGCGUAGCGGCACGUGAGGGAGACUCUCCGGCAAGCGAAGUGCGGCUCUGUGAACCUUUCCACAGUUCUUUCGAUCGAC